AUGGUGUUUGCCGACGAAGUGACCGAGCUUCCUAUCUACGUCCACAACGGGUUCUUGAUCAAACACAUUUUGGACGAUCCCGAAGUCGACGACGGAUUGGUUUUGAUUGGCACCUUCAUCCAAAGUGCCUUUGCUGGGCCGUCAUCAUCGCCGGCGGAGGACGAGGAGUUUCGGCCUCGCCAACCCGAAAUUCGAUUUACCUAUCGCUUUAAUGAUCAAACGGCAGACGAACGAAGUGGGGCGGUAGACUGGAGGCGGACGGAAAAGCAUAGAACCCGUGAUUUAGGAGAGUGCCAUCGGCAUACCUUUCAAAUCAAGGCUCCGUUGGAAUUGGAAGUGGAAUUUAAUGCCUUCCCUUUUAAAGUUGUUAGUGCCACUUUGCUGAUUGAAAUGAGUACUUUUACCACUCCAGAUGGUCGGACGCGAUUGCGUCCCAACAUUUUGUUGCACACCAAAGAAAAGAGAAACAUGUGUCAGAUUCAAAAAGGAUACGCCAGAAAGCCAAAGCCCAUCGGCAGGUUUUCCUCCACUUCCAUUUUUGCUCCUGCGGAAAACAAUCACAAGGAGCUAUUUCUACAAGCCAAGGAAAAGAUUGACAGAUCCUAUGUCUAUGACUUUGCAUCACCCUUUCCUACCAUUACCUAUUAUUACGAUACCACGAAACACUAUUGUCCCAAAUACUCGGUCUCCUUUUUAUUGGUGGAAGACGGCAUGAAGAAAUUCAUUGAAAUUGUCUUUCCCAUGAUCCUCAUUGCCGCCAUGAACCAUUUGAAUGUCAUCAAUGCGGUCUGGUCCGUACAAGGACGAACGGACGAAACGGUGGAGGCUGUGGAUUACAUCAACAACUCGGCAACGCUGGCCUUGGCCGUCGUGGUGUUCUUGCCCACCAUGUUUGGGAGGUCGCGGUUUCAUGAGGUAUUCACGGCCAACAAUUGGUACAUUACUACCAUAUUUGUGGCACUCGUGCUUUCCGCCUUGCCCCAUUCCAUUGCAGGCUCCAUAUGGCCCGCACGGGUAGGAGCGUAUCUAUUCUGGGGUUCCUUUUUCUUUCCCAUUAUCAAUGGAUUUCGGUUCCUGUACUUUGUGCAGUCCCAACGCAAGUCACUCCGGCCCGAAUUUUUCAUGGAAGAUGCGGUCGGGCGAGUGCACCCACCGUCGCGAUUCAAACCGAAACCGGAUCGUGAUGUUCUGGGAGAGUUUAUCCCCAUUAAAGACUUGGUGGAAUUGAGUGAACUCCGAUUGGCGGGAAUGGAAUACAAACUGGACGAACCGAGGGGUAAGUUCCAAAUUGUAGAAUAUGACAAUGCGAGCGAAGAAGUUCGAUUCCAUAGUGUCAAUUAG